CUUGCGCAGUCGUGGCCGCGGCGGAAAGAUGGCGGAGCCGGAGGAAAGGAAAAAGAUCCCCUUGGUCCCAGAGAAUCUCCUGAAAAAGAGGAAAGCCUACCAGGCCCUCAAAGCCACCCAGGCCAAGAAGGCGCUCUUGGAAAAGAGAGAGCGGAGGAAAGGAAAAGAGCCCCCGUUUAAACGACUUGAAUGGUUCCUGCAAGAGGCCUGGCGGGAGAAGCGUGACCAGGUGCGCCUCCGAAGACUAGAAGUGAAGCCUCAUGGCUUGGACGCGCCAGAUAACCAUUCCUUGGCCUUCGUUGUACGCAUCGAAAGGAUUCAGGGGGUGAGUCUGCAGGUGCGGCAGACAAUUGCGAGGCUGCGCUUGAAGAAGAUUUUCAGUGGUGUCUUUGUCAAUGUGACUCCUCACACCAUCAGGAUGCUUCGAACGGUGGACCCGUACGUGACCUGGGGGUUUCCAAAUCUGAAGUCCGUCCGGGAACUCAUCCUGAAGCGUGGACAAGCCAAGGUCAACAACAAGGUCAUCCCGCUGACAGACAACACAGUGAUCGAGGAGCAUCUGGGGAAGUUCGAUGUCAUUUGCCUGGAAGACCUCAUUCAUGAGAUUGCCUUCCCGGGGAAGAAUUUCCAGGCCAUCUCUGGGUUCUUGUGCCCUUUCCAACUCUCGGUGGCCCGACACGCCACCAAGAAUAGAGUGGGCUUCCUCAAAGAGAUGGGCUCGCCCGGCUACCGAGGAGAGCAGAUCAACCAGCUCAUCCGGCAGUUCAACUAAUGCAGAGCAGCGGAAAGCAUGGUGCAGUGAAAGCUUUUGUUGCUGGUUUUCGGGACUGUUACCUGCUGCCUUUAAGGAUGGUUUCCUGCUGCAGGAGCUGGAGAGGCAGGGAGCAGUUGAGGGGAAGAUGGGAUGUCGCCAUACGCGUCUGGGUCCCUGGAUCUUGGCUCUGACCACUGCUGUCCUGUCCAUAAGCAAAAGACACCGUGCAGGCCGUCAGGCCCAGCCUAGGGUACCCCCUUCCUCCUCCUCAAGCUGCAGAGUGGCCGUCUCAAACAGACAGAGACUGUUCUCGGCGAAGGACAUCUGAACCUCCAGACAAGCUCUUACAAUGAACAGAAGACUCACGUCGUGGGGAGAUUUCUGCCCUGGACAUCUUCAGUGCCAGGGCUUCCUGUUGGAGAAUGAAUCCACAGUCAUGCACAAGAAAGCAGGGGACCAAGCCCAGGGGCCUAACUGAACCUGGGUGUUUCUGGGGCCUUGUUUGGGAAGAAGUUUUAAAUAAAAGCACAGAA